AUGGCGCCGCUGCUGGAGGACGAGACGCCGGAGUAUUUUAUCAAUCAACUGAAGAUAGAAGGAGUUGAUCAUCUCCCUCGCCGUGUAACCAAUGAAAUCCCAAAUAACGGCCGCUACGAGGUUUACACACAAGGUGGUGUGAUCUUUGCAACAAGUCGAAUACUUGUGGUUGAUUUCUUGACUGAUAGGAUACCUUCAGAUUUAAUCACGGGCAUUUUGGUGUAUAGAGCCCACCGAAUAAUUGAGUCUUGUCAAGAGGCAUUCAUCUUGCGCCUCUUUCGCCAGAAAAACAAACGUGGUUUUAUUAAAGCUUUCACAGACAAUGCUGUUGCCUUUGAUACUGGUUUUUGUCAUGUGGAAAGUGUGAUGAGAAAUCUUUUCGUGAAGAAGCUUUAUCUGUGGCCAAGGUUCCAUGUAGCAGUACAUUCGUUUUUAGAGCAGCACAAACCUGAAGUUGUAGAAAUUCAUGUGUCCAUGACACCUGCCAUGCUUGCUAUCCAGACUGCUAUCCUGGAUAUUUUAAAUGCAUGUCUGAAGGAACUGAAAUGCCACAACCCAUCACUUGAAGUAGAAGAUUUAUCUUUAGAAAAUGCUAUUGGAAAACCUUUUGACAAGACAAUCCGCCAUUAUCUGGAUCCUUUGUGGCACCAGCUUGGAGCCAAGACUAAGUCGUUGGUUCAGGAUCUAAAGAUCUUACGAACAUUGCUGCAGUAUCUCUCUCAGUAUGACUGUGUCACAUUUCUUAAUCUUUUGGAAUCUCUGAGAGCAUCAGAAAAGGCUUUUGGCCAGAAUUCAGGUUGGCUGUUUCUUGACUCCAGCACGUCAAUGUUCGUAAACGCUCGAGCAAGGGUUUAUCAUGUUCCAGAUGGCAAAAUGAAUAAAAAAAGCAAAAUGUCUGAAAAAAUGGAGAAUAAAGAAGGGCAAGAAACAAGAAAGGAGCUGGUCCUAGAAAGCAACCCCAAGUGGGAGGCACUGACUGAAGUACUGAAAGAAAUUGAAGCAGAAAAUAAAGAAAGUGAAGCUCUUGGUGGUCCAGGUCAAGUCCUUAUUUGUGCAAGUGAUGACCGAACGUGUUCCCAGCUGAAAGACUACAUCACUAUGGGAGCAGAGGCCUUCCUGCUGAGGCUCUACAGGAAAACCUUCGAGAAGGAUGGCAAAGCUGAAGAGGUGUGGAUGAAAUUCAGAAAGGAGGACAGUUCAAAGAGAUUUGUGAAAUCUAACAAAAGACCCAAAGACUCUCAAAACAAAGACCGAGCUUCUACCAAAGAAAGGACUCUCAAGAAGAAAAAGCGAAAGUUGACCUUAACUCAAAUGAUAGGAAAACCUGAAGAGCUAGAAGAGGAAGGGGAUGUUGAGGAAGGGUAUCACAGAGAAGUUAACAGUAGCCCAGAAAGCUGCUUGGGAGAAAUUAAGCACGAAGAAUUUGAUUUAAAUCUGUCGUCUGAUGCUGCUUAUGGAAUCCUGAAAGAACCCCUCACUAUCAUCCAUCCACUUCUGGGUUGCAGCGACCCCUACGCUCUGACCAGGAUCCUCCAUGAAGUGGAGCCACGAUACGUGGUUCUCUAUGAUGCUGAGCUAACGUUUGUUCGUCAGCUUGAAAUUUACAGGGCCAGUAGGCCUGGGAAGCCCCUGAGGGUUUACUUUCUUAUUUACGGAGGCUCAACUGAGGAACAGCGCUAUCUCACUGCUUUGCGGAAAGAAAAGGAAGCUUUUGAAAAACUUAUAAGGGAAAAGGCUACCAUGGUUGUUCCCGAAGAAAGAGAAGGUAGAGAUGAAACAAACCUCGACUUGGUAAGAGGCACAGCAACUACGAAUGUUCCCACCGACACCCGCAAAGCUGGUGGCCAGGAACAGAACGGCACACAGCAGAGCAUAAUCGUGGAUAUGCGUGAAUUUCGAAGCGAGCUUCCCUCUCUGAUCCAUCGUCGCGGCAUUGACAUUGAGCCCGUGACCUUGGAGGUUGGAGAUUACAUCCUGACUCCAGAAAUGUGCGUGGAACGCAAGAGCAUCAGCGAUUUGAUCGGCUCCUUAAACAACGGCCGCCUCUACAGCCAGUGCAUCUCCAUGUCCCGCUACUACAAGCGACCUGUGCUCCUGAUCGAGUUUGACCCCAGCAAGCCCUUCUCCCUCACUUCCCGAGGUGCCUUAUAUCAGGAGAUCUCCAGCAAUGACAUUAGCUCCAAACUCACUCUUCUCACACUCCACUUCCCCCGGCUCCGGAUUCUCUGGUGCCCCUCCCCUCAUGCAACAGCGGAAUUGUUUGAAGAGCUGAAACAAAAUAAGCCGCAGCCCGAUGCAGCGACCGCCAUGGCCAUUACAGCAGAUUCCGAAACCCUCCCCGAGUCAGAAAAGUAUAAUCCUGGCCCCCAAGACUUCUUGUUAAAAAUGCCAGGAGUGAAUGCCAAAAACUGUCGCUCCUUGAUGACCCAUGUCAAGAACAUCGCAGAAUUAGCAACACUGUCACAAGACAAGCUCACGAGUAUCCUGGGGAAUUCUGCCAAUGCUAAGCUGCUUUACGACUUCAUUCACACCUCUUACGCAGAAGUGGUAUCGAAAGGAAAAAUGAAAAAGUGACCAGCAGUAGCUGUUUUCUUAUUCCGUGACUGUGCUCGUAUGCUCUUCGUCAGCCGUAAUAGGUCUUCGUUAAUUAUUAGCUCAGUAUUUCAUUCUCCUCCGUGGUGUUUAGCGGAGUACAUUCUGUUGCCGAGAUCAGUAGACCAGAAGCCAGGAUGCUUUGAACUCUGCCCUGGUGGCCCCCGUGUACUUCCACGUGCCCGCUCUCCUGCCUCCCAGCACUGUCCACACCAGGCUGGUAUACUCCAUUUUUAAAUGAAGUCUGUCAGGAUGACGGAAGGUUUCUAUGAGUGUUCAUAGAAGGCCAUUUUAAAGCAAGCAGAAAUUCGUUGGGACCAGCAGAUGGUGUAAUGGCUACGUCACUGGAUUCCCACGUAGUCGGCUGUGGUUCUAGUCCCUGUCUCAGCAGCUUAAAACUCACA